AGUAAAAUGUUAAUGUUCUCAGCCACUCAUAGUUAUAACAUGGAAUGAAAGUAAUAUUUCGUCAUAUUUUCAGGUCCACCCGUACCUUCAAGACCAGCCCCGUCGGUGCCUGGAGGGGUCCGCCCUCCUCCUGCAGUACCUCACAGAACAAUCGAUGCAGAAGAAGUGCACUCCAGAUCACAGCCCCCGCCUCCACCAACUAGACCCUCAGGUCCAGUCAGACAGGAAGUCCCUCCUCUAUCGAAACCUCAACCCCCACCACCUUCAAGGCCCCCUGAAGUGGCUAGAGCAAAAUCUAGUAUCAUUAAGGCUCCGGAUAAGUCAAAUAAUGCAGCUGUACGGAAGAGACCAGAAAUUACUAUAGUGAGUGCGCGGCCCAUGAGUGAGAUUGAUUUUAAGGGCACAAAACCUGCUCUAUCUCCUACCAGUCAUGUCAAAGAAGAAAUCCAACCUGCUUUAGUACCUUCAUCUUCACCUAAAGAGAAGGAAAUAUUUGCUGCACCAGCUCACCCUCCUGCUCCAGCUCCGAGAGUGUCCCCAAGGGUGGAAAAGCCAGAUAAAGCACAUACUAGUCCAAGGGGAGCUCCCCCACCUGUGCCUAGACAUUCUGUGAUAAGGACCAAUGUUGAUGAGGAGAGUGAUAUUGUGCAUGAAUCAAAAUCUGAGGAGAUUAAAACUGUUCCAAGAGGCCCUCCACCACCUGUGCCUAGACCUACUAUAAUAAAGCCUAAUGUGCCUCCUUCAGUACCCUCAGGAAGAACUCCUCCAUUACCAGGGAGGCCCCCUGUUUCACCAAAGGUGCCUCAUCAGGGAAUAUCUGAACAUUUUCUGGAACACAAUUUAGAUAGUCAUGACUCUCAGGUUUCACCACCAAUGCCCCAUGGGGCACCCCCACCUGUGCCUAAGGGUCCUUCAGUUAUGAACAAGUUACCAUCCCCAUUAGUGCCUCGUAAGAUAAAUGAUCUGCCACAAAAAGAUACAAAUGAAAUCCACAAGAACUCUGUUGACACUAAUAUAAAUGCUGCUGACUUACAGGAUAAAACUGACACUGUUGAAGAUGUAAGUGAACUAUAUGCUGUGAUAAAUAAACCGAAGAGACCCACAAUAAUCAGACCUGGUAGACCAAGUAGUACAGUAAAAACUGAAUCAAAUACAGAAAAUGAAGCAAGUUCUGCAAAUGAGAUUAAGCCAAAAGUUUCGCCCACACCUAGAUUACCAAGAAACAUUAAAAAUGAAAGUGAACCCUCAAAUGUAGACAAUUCAUUGGAUGGCAGUAAAGAACACUCUGAAAAUAAAAGUGAUGCAAAUCCAGUUCCAGAGUUUCUGAGAAAAAAAUUGAAAUCAACCGUCGAUCAAGGUGACAAACAAGAAACAGAUGAAUCUGGUCCCACUGCUGGCGGUGGGCCAAAGGUUCCUCUUAAACCAAGACCCCUGUCAUCCAAGGGACCGCCCCCAGCAACUAAACCUAAACCUUCUGUUCUUCCAAAGCCACAGAUUGCUUCAAAGCCACAGUCUACUGUGAAAGCACCUGAGACUGAGUCACAUGAAGCGACAUUCAGUCAGAAUGCAAUGGAAAAGAAAAGCAUUGAAAACCAGUCUGAAUUUCAUGAUAAUGAAGUACAUAAAGAGGCUGUCCAUGAAGUUCCACAGCAAGUUAAACCUGCAAUGACGAAGAGACCAACUAUUAUUCGUCCGAAUAAAUCAGUUAAAACAGGUAGUGUAGAAAAUGUAAGUGUAGAGAGUAGAACAGAGAAAAGUGAUUCUGAUAAAGUUAAUUUAUUCAGUGAUGACAGUGCCAUAGAUGUGAAACAUCGCACGCAACCACCUCUCCCGAACAAAAGACCUGUCUCAAUGAUCAACAUCCAUAGAGCCGUGGAAAAUGAAGAACACAACAUGUCAGAAAAUCUUUCAUAUAAUUCAUCACGAUCUAUAGAAAAUGUAAGUGAACCUGUCAGACCUAAACCUAGACCAGCUGCAAGAUCAAGACCGGUUACUAUGAUCGUCCCUCCUGUUUCCCGGCCUCCAUUACCAAGUGCAGGACCAAAGCGCGACAAAUCUGGCCAGCCAUCUAGGCCUCUUGGAAGACCACCAGUCAAACCUCCGGCACCUGAGAUGGACAAUCAUGGCAAAAAACAUGAUAGUGAAGACGAUGUAUGUGACAAAAAGCCAUUGUCACAGGUUCCUUUUGGUGUGUCAGUGUUUCCAAAGUCUGAAAUGGAAAAUGAUAGCCCUCCAAAACCGAUUCACAGGCCUCCACCUCCAAUGAAAUCCCCGCGAAAAUCUUUAGACUCUUCGGAUGAUGAGGAGUUUGUAACAGCCAAAGAAAAGCCAGACAGACCUACAGCUGCACCAGUUCGCAGGUUUUCCGGUUCUGUUCAUAGAGAUUCUGGUGAAGAUGAUGUGAAAAAACCACCUCGUCCAGGCCCACCUCCUGCACACAAAGAUGAACAUGAUGAAGAUAUAGUGAAGAUUAGACCUCCAAAGCCAGAGGGAAGACCUCAAAGACCAAUGUCAAUGCCUGUAAAACAAAGUCCACCACAAAAAUCUGCAUCACAGAAAGCUCAAGGUCCAAGUCCAGGAAAGAAGAAUUUACCCUCGUUGCCAUCACGACCAAAGCCUGGUCAUCCCCUGUACUACCAUAUGAUGCAAGUUCCUCAUGGGAUAGCUGUACACGAUUAUACAGCUCAACAUGAUGAUGAACUUAGUUUUAAAACUGGUGAGUUAAUAAUCCUCGUAAAAAGAGUGGAUGGUGACUGGAUACUGGGUAAAGUUGAUGAGAGAGAAGGGAUGUUUCCUCAAGAUUUCGUCAAAGUUAAGAUGCCAUUCCCUGGAGAGAAAGUUGAGGAUGACAACUCUUCGAAUGACUCCGCAGAAAUGUUUUACGAUGCCAGUGCAGAAAAGCCCGAUACGAUAGGCCAUGGACCAAGAUGUAGGGCACGGUUUGACUUUGAUGGAGAGGGUCCUGAUGACCUUGUCUUUGAGGAAGGGGAUGUUAUAAGACUUAUUGAAAAGGUUGGACUGGAGUGGAGAAAAGGGGAGAUCAAUGGACAUGUUGGGUUGUUUCCCUUGUCAUUUGUUGAAAUUAUUGAAGAGUUACCAGAAGAGGAAGAAAAGGAUACAGGAAGUUAUGUAAAGGCUAUUUUUGACUUUGAAGGUGAAGAUGGGGAUCUAAAUUUUCAGGCAGGUGAAACUAUCAAGGUUACACAUAUGGUUAAUGGUGAGUGGCUGUAUGGGGAGAUAGGGGUCAGGAAAGGUCAAUUUCCUGUCCAGUUUGUAGACCAUGUUCCUCAUGGAUUGUCUCCCUUGUCUAGUGGUGACAGUGAUGCCAAGGGAGACAACUUCACAGAAACAAAAGUAGAAGAUAAACUGACAGCAACUUUAUCAAUGUGGGGUGAUGAAGAUCAUUAUACCCAGACUGAUUCAUCAACGGGUGCUUCUAGACUUGACUCCCAUGCGCAACAUUUUCAAGACCCUGUUUCCAUGGCAACCUCAAAAUCAGUGACCCCUUAUUGUAUAGCAUUGUAUGAUUACCCAGCACAAUCUAUGGAUGACUUAGAGUUUAAUGAAGGGGACAAUAUUGAAAUUAUUGAAAGAAUAAGUGCCGAUUGGUUAAAAGGAAAAAUUGGCGGGAAAACUGGAAUGUUUCCAUCUGCUUUUGUUGAUGUCAAAGUUGAUAUUACUGAAACAGGUCCUACAGCUUCUGAGCCAGAUCAUGAAGAGGUAACAGAGGUAUAUGGUGUGGCAUUAUAUGACUUCAGUGGAGAAGCUGACAAUGAGUUGACCUUCCAUGCGGGAGACAGGUUUGUGGUUCAAGACCUAGUGGAGGGAGCGGAGGAUUGGAGAUGGGGAGUUAUAAAUGGACAUAGGGGAAUGUUUCCUGCAACUUUUGUAGAAGUGGACAGUUGAUGAAUGUAUUAAUAUAGGUGUCAAAUUAGAGCCACAGUGGCUUAGUGCCUACAUUUGCUGAUGGUGUACCACACACCUCUUUUAGGUUUGAGUCCCGGUUUGGACAGUUAAUUCUUAAUUGCAGGGAAGUUAUCCUGUUGGCAUAAAAGUUGUGUUUGUUAUUAUUAACCUGGCACAUGUCUGUGCCUGAAAUAAUGUUCCAAGGAGCAUUUUAGAGUUUACCUUCACUCACAAAGGGUUAAAAUUACAAGAUGAUAUCUACAGGAAAUGUGCAAGUUAAAAUGCAAAAACCUGAAGCCCCCGUUUCUAAUAUAUAUGCAUCAGUUGCUGAAAUGUAAGGAAAUGCAUACAAAUCAUGUUUAUUGACAAAGGUAUAGUUGCUCAAACUUUUAAGCAAUUUCAUGUCUUCCAGAACAGACAAGAUAUUUUGGCUCUAUAAACUUUUAUUCAGAUUUCAUCCUAUGCUUAAAAACCAUUCCGGCUCUGGUCAGUUUCUGUGGUAAUAUUUUUCUGUAUUAGAAACUAAUAGGUUGUCUGGGACUUAAAUGUCUGAACAAAAAACUAUGCAGUUAUAUUUAUUGUGCAAUGUUAUGUUUGUAUGUAAAGUUUUGCGGUAUUUGAUCUGAUAUUUAAUUGUAUUUAUUUCAUAAGGUAAUGGAAAUGAUACAAUGUACAUGUAUAAGAGAAUUGUGCUAGCAGGGAUGCUAUUAUUAAACAUAUUUUUAAGAAAUUAAUAAUUAUCUUCAUAGUUGAAGCUUUUGGGGCUGUCUGCAAAGUAAGACUGUUUUUGUUAGGAAUUCAAAAGUAUUUACAUGCUCUGAUUAUAUAAUAAUUCACAAGUUGGAGGAGACUCAAAAGCUGAAUAAUCUAUGUCACUAAUUGUAUUUCCACUGCUUUUGGUUCAAAUGCUGUUUUGGACUUAACUUUAGUGUUGCAAGGUUAUUUAAAGUCAUUUGGGUUCUUUUUAUCACAUAAUCUUUCCUGUUCCAAAAGCAAACUGAAGAGAAAAAAAAAGAGACAAACAAAAUCUAGGGGUUUGAGAGUGAAGGUUUCUUAUAUAGAGAAUCUAAUCCUGUGUUUUUUUUUUAUCUAAUAGCUAUAUCUUUCUUGGUAGUCAUUCUAAUAUAUAUGUUUCAGUUAAUGAUAUGAAAAGAAAUGCAUACAAAUCAUGCAUAAUGACAGAAGUCCAGUCCCUCAAACUUUAAUGAUAUGCAGUUUCUUAAAGAACAGACAAGAUAUUCUGGCUGUUUGACAAAUAAUAUUUCCAGUUUAAAUUUACCAAACCAAGCUAUUAAGAACAUAUAAAAAAUUUUCUGAAGAAGACAAAUGUCACUAGCUAAAGAAAAGCGUUUGUUUUUAUUGAACUGAUUAUAUGUAUCAAGAAAUCAUUGUCUCAAUUAAGGAUAUUUUUCAUGUUUGUCCAUGCCUAAUCAAAUGACAUGAAGUGCAAUUUUGUACAUAUAACAUUGUAUAUUUUAUAUCCAGUCAUAGCUAAUAGCCAUAUAACCAGCUUGCUCAGUAUGUAUAUUUGUGGGUUCAAAUCCCUACAGGUAAAUUGAUUUUUUUUGUGAUAGCACUCUCUAGGUAGUGGAAGUCUUGUCCCUGAUAUGAUGCUCUAAAAGGCACAUAUUAAGACAAGAAAUAGCCUUGUUUAAACUUUAAAGUAGUGCUUAGAAACUAAUUAACAUUGAUCUGUCAUAUAACUAGCUUGCUCAGUAUGCAUUUUUUGUAGCUUUUUAAUCACAAUAAGUAAAUCGAGUUUUUUUGUGUGAUGAAAUUUUCUAGCUAUGGGGUACUUGCCCGGAAAAUGAUUCACUGAAGGGGUCUUCUUCCAAUAGUAAUUCUGAAAAGUAACAUUAUUUAUUAUACACUGUUGGUUAAAGUUGCAACACAAGAAUUAACCUAAAGUACAACUAUUCAACAUUGAUCUGCAGGGUUUUUAUGAAUAUUUAAAUGAUAAUGUUUGAUCUGUGUCACAAUUGUUAAAAUGCUUGUUAUUAUAAUUAUUGUAUAAUUAUAUAGCAUAAUGUAAUCAUUAUAAUCAUUCUUUAUAAAUAAGAAUAUUCUACUUGUAUAUUUAUUUACAAUAUUUUAAUUAUUUAGUAAGUUUAGUUUAGUUUAGAAAAAUGGAAUUACAGUUCACCCAGCCUGUAAUUUGGUCAAUGCAGCCACGGAAGUUGCCAUUGCAUUUUAAAUGAAAUAAUUUUUGAUAUAUAUGUAAUUUAUACAUGCAAGACAUUAUAUGUAUCACAUGUACAGAUAUUCUUUUAAUGUCUUUAGAAUUUAGAUACAGAAUCAAGAGUGUAAAAAACUUUUGUCAUACAUACUUAAUUUUUUCAAAAUAGGUACAUAAUUAUAUUAAUGAUUGUUAUUAUUUUUAUUUGCAAGUGUCUUUAGUAUAGGAAAUUGUUCUAAACUGGCCAUCUUUUACGAGCCAGUCAAUGAAUCAUGAUGAUAGUUAUUCUGGUAGAUUUGUUUUCUAUUUAAUAAUGGUUUCAUCAUAUAAACAUUUAGUGUCACUUGGUGUAGUAACAGGUUAACUCCAAUAAAAUUAUAUGAGUUAUCCCAUUACUGCACUAAAGUUACAUUUUAUUUUUCCUUCAUGGUAAAUUUAUCAUGGUACUAUAUCGUUACAUUGAACACAAUAGUUGAUUUAUUUUUAUAAAAUUUUUGUGAUAUCAAUUUGCAUUUAACACAGUAACACUGAUUUUCUGUGAUAUUAUAUAAGAGUUAAUAUGGACAAAAAUAUCAAUUUUUGUACAGUAUAAAGUGUAACGUUCCACUGUGAUUUAAUUCUUGUGUACCUGAGGUACAUAAUGUACAAUAUUUUGAGUGUGUAUGAAUGAAAUGUUAAGUUUGUUUGUUUAUUUUUAAUCAAUCUGAUGUGAAAUCUCCAAAUAUUUUACCUGUUUGUUAACCUGUUUAUAGCUUUUUAUUUAUUAGUUGUUUUUCAUUUUAAACGCUAUGAUAUUUAAUAGCUUUUAGUGUAAAUAUAUUUGUAAAUAAUUUCAAUUGAUUGCUAUUCUGAACAGUUAAACCUGGAGUAAAAAAGAAGCAUGCUAUUAAGUUAAUAGCAGGAUGGUCUUCACAGGCAAAUGAAAUGUUAAUUGUCAAUGUAAGGAAAUGACCAAAAAUUCAGUGAUAUUGUUUUGGCCUUGGAAUAGGUGUGAAGAAUAACAGUCAAAAGUUGUUAUACAUAAUAUUGGUGGUUUUUAUUUUAAGAGGCCUAGUUAUUUUUAACUUUUAUUCUCACUGAAUUUUUAUGAAAUGAAGAAUUGGGAUAGUCAAUUAUUAUAUUGAGGGGUGUUGAUAUCAGAAAAGGUAAAGUUGAGCAUCCAGCUGUAUAACAUAAGGUCAGACUGUGUGUUUACAAACUGGCUUGGCCUUAAACUUGUGAUGUAAGACACUUUGUUACUGGGGUUAGGUAAUAUAACAAAUAUUAUACAAAGGUAUGAACAAACAUUGGAAGUCUUCCUCAACCAGAAAUUUGCCAUGCAUAAAUGAGAUGUGUGAGAAAUUUUUUCCCUUAUAUGUAUUGCCAUAAUUUUAUUCAUUAGACAGCAUUUCUACGUAAACAUUUAUGACGUUUAUUAUUUGAUUUUUUUUUUCUUUAUCGUUUUUUAACGUGUUGAUCACAGAUUGAUGUAUAUUUUUGUACUAAAUUUUUGCUUGUCAAUGAAGGUACAAGGAUUUGUUUUGAUGUUUGGAAGAAAGAGGUACAGAAGGAAUAUAUUUUUUUUAGUUUUGCCUGGAACUCCCUUAAACUUAAAAUGGAAUGUUCCACAUUCAAAGCCAGGCUUAUCACAGAUUCAGCCAUUUCUACAGAUGCAAUCUUACUGAGCAUUGAGAGCCUUGUUUUUUAUUUACACAAAAAAAAUGCAAGAAGUUGACACUUAUUUGCCUAUAAUUACAAGCUAUAAUAACAUCCUGAUCUAUUGGCACAGAUGUACCAUCGUUGGAAAUUGACCUUCACUUGUCCCAUGGUUAGAUUACCUUCAUGUGAGCUGGCUAAAUGUUAAUUAAUAUUGAAAUGGCCUAUGAAAUUGUGAAAAAUUCCUAGAAAAUGGACUUUAUCUACAUUAGAUUUAUCAUUUAAACAAAUCUUUUAUAGUGGGUUAGCUAUUUUACAUAGG